UCUCUCCCCUUUAUCUUAUCCAUCUCAUUCUCACUCCUUGGUUUGCAGAGCAGGGGUAAGUAACAUAGCAUAACAGACAUGGCUGUUUCUCUGUCGGUGAACCGUCCUCUCCUUCGUCUUCACCACAAGCAUCCACCUUUACCUGUGGGCAUCGCUCCCCAACUCCAUUUCCACUGUCAGCCCAAGCUCGCCGGAAUUCGAUGCUCCUCCUCGCCCUCCCAUUUUACCGACAAAACCCUCAUUUCCAUCAAACCUAACACUUCCCACAUCAAUGACAACCCCCUCGCUUGUCGCUUCCACGCUUCCCAGUUUGGAGGACAGGAGAGCAGCAAAUCCGUGGAAGCGUACGCUGUUGGGCGAAACAUUCGCAUGUCCGCUAAUAAAGCUCGAAGAGUGAUCGAUCAGAUUCGUGGACGAAAAUACGAUGAAACACUUAUGAUAUUAGAACUCAUGCCUUAUCGAGCCUGUGAAGCCAUUCUGAAGAUAGUGUUUUCUGCUGGAGCAAAUGCUACCAAUAACCUGGGUUUAAGCAAGGGAAGUUUAGUUAUCAGUAAAGCAGAGGUUAAUGAAGGAAGAACAAUGAAAAGGGUAAAACCUGUGGCUCGAGGGCGUGCUCAUCCAAUUAAAAAGCGCACUUGUCAUAUAACCGUCACUGUAAAAGGCUCACCAAGUGAGUCCAUCGUGGAAGCGAGCCCUGCAUAAUCCUUUUCGGACUAAGUGUAUGUACGCCUUAUGAUGAGUUAGUUCCCUUUACCCAUUGUAUUUGAUCAAAAUUUCUGUAUUUCGACAUUAUGUACUUCAUUUAUACCGUGUGACUUGACUUGUAGAGGAGUGAUGAACAUGCUUAAAUAUUCAAUUUAAUUAGUCCUGAAAA